ACUUUGGGCAGCCAACCAAGAAACGAGUUUAGCUGGGCAAACAACCAGGCAACAGCCGGGCAAUACAGGCAGAGGGCACAGAGGCAACGAGACGAAGUUGAGGAUAGUCAACAGGACUUGGGAGCCGGCCUCCGAAUCCUGCCCACAGUCAAGCCACCCGAGGAGGAGUACAACACUUGUUGCCAUCAACGCCGUCACGCCCUUUUGAGUGAAGGACUCCCUCCCAGGCGCAGAGACAGAGACAGCAGCAAAACGGCAGCCGUGGAUACCAACACGCUGCGCAGUUCCGUUACUGUGAAAGCGACGACGCCGGCACCAAAGUCGACGUCGCUGUCGCUGUCGACGCCGCUGUCGCUGCCGCCGCUGACAAUUUGUCAGCCGCCAGCGCCAACGCCGCCUUAUCAGCGGCUGACCAAAGCGUUGCAAUGCGAUCCGAGAUGCGGUCACGAGGUAACAAUUGGACGUCGCAUUGGCCUCUACAGAUUCUGUGGCGACAUCGGACGCGGCAACUUCUCCAAGGUCAAGCUGGCCGUGCAUCAGCUGACACGAGACAAGGUGGCCAUCAAGGUAGUUGACUUGGAUCGCGCCGGUCUGGACGCGAAGGCGCUGCGCAUGCUCUCCAGCGAGAUAGCCACGCUCGAGUGUGUCCAUCAUCCCAACAUAUUGAGGCUCUUUGAGGUGGUCGAGACGCUGGGACGCGUCUAUCUGGUCACGGAGUGGAUACGCGGCGGUGAGCUCUACAAUCACAUCACGCAGGGCGGGCCGCUGCGCGAGAUACACGCGGCGCCACUCUUCAAGCAGCUGCUGCUCGCCGUCAAGCACAUGCAUAGCUUGGGCUAUGUGCAUCGCGACAUCAAGGCGGAGAAUGUGCUGCUGCUCUCGGAGGAUCGCCUCAAGCUGGCCGACUUUGGUUUCAGCACACAGUUAAUUAAUGGUGCCAAUCAGAAGCUGGAUACAUUUUGUGGCUCGCCGCCGUAUGCGGCGCCAGAGCUAUUCUCCGAUGACCAUUAUAUUGGCGCCCCAGUCGAUGUCUGGGCCCUGGGCAUAUUGCUCUAUUUCAUGGUCGUCGGCAAUAUGCCAUUUCGUGCACCCACCAUACCUGGCCUCAAGGCGGCCAUACUCAAGGGCGACUAUCUGCUGCCUGGCCAGCUGAGCUUGCCCUGCAUAAGACUAAUUCAACGAAUCUUAAUCCAUGUGCCCGCCCAGCGGCCGACCAUAGACGACAUCCUGAACAGCCAGUUUGUCACCUGCCCCAAGCUGAGCGUCGAGCUGAUGCAGCUCGAAUUGAAUCUGCAUAGCAAGCCCGCCAAGCGUUCCAUUUUUUGGGUGCGCAAAUCGCAUCGGCUGCGGAAAAGCGCCUCGCUGCGGGAACGCUACGCGGAGGUGGUCAAGAAGCCGGCGAUUAGCAUGAACACACGCCAGCAGGACGAGAUGUUUGUGGACAGCUUUUUGCAUCCCAUCGAGCUGGGGCACGAGCAGCAGCAACAGCCGCCGUCGGCGGCGGCCAAUACCAAAGAGCUGGAGGCGAAUGGGGAGCCGGUGAAGCGUACGGGUCCCGGUCGGCGUUAUCUCUUCUGCGGCACACUCAAGAAGAAAAUAACGCCCAUCGAAACGGAGCCGGAGAAACAGCUCUCGAAUGGCGGGCCAACGGCCAAGCUAAGUCCAUGGAGCAUCGAGGUGGCCGACGAUUGUCCCCUGUUCAAGAACUACGACGCGGAGACGGGCAGCUGUGUAAUGCUGCCCACCAAUACGGACGAUCUCAGCCAGCUGUGCGCCUUGGAGUUCGAGGCCAGGCAGCUGCUCGCCGAGCUCGGUGUUACCACACAGAUGCUAAUCAAUGCCAUACCCAGCGGACCGCGAUCGGACAUCAUUGGCGCCUAUCGCAUCGUCGUCAAUCGUCUCCAGAAACAAUCCUGGCUGGCGCGCAAGCAUGUGGAAAUGGCGCUCCAGCUGGAGCCGAAGCCGGAGAAGCGCAGCGAGCGCCAGUGCUGCAUAUUGUAGGCCAUCAAUCUUGAAUGUCUAAUGCUUAAUUAAUUAUAAUAAUUAAUAAUUAAUGAUUAAUGAUUAGUGUCAAUUCUAUAGCCCAGCAAGGCAGGCGGACAGUCAGGCAGGCGUUACGUAUGUGUUUAUCGUUUUUAGUGUAGAGCAACAGAGCUGAAUAGUUCCUUAUUUCGUCUAGGUUCCGAGUUUUCUAAACUGUUAAUUAAUUAAAUAUUGAAGGAUAAUUAGAUAUGCUAUGCGUUAGGCGCCAUUAGACUGGCUUGUUUUUGAAAAGAUAACAAGUCCCACAAGAAUGAAUGUAAAAUGUUUGAAAAGCAAGAUUUUUGUAAAUCAAAUCGAUAAAAUAGAUAAAUAUUUUAUGAUUUGAUAGAAAACCAACAAAAAAAAACCAAAAAACACCGUUGCAACUAUUUUCUCAUUAACAUUCGAUUGAUGCUGAUUGAAACUUUAUAAUUUCAAUUGUUUUCGUUUAAAAUUCGAAAUUUGUCUAAAAAUUAAAAUUGAAAGGGUCUUCAAAAAUACUCUAUGCCAAAAAGUGUUGAAUAUUGAGUUUACGUUAAAUUAGAUCUUUGAAGAAAGAGUCAUAUAUUAAAAAUGUCGCCUUAGUUAAGAGUCUGUGAAUUUAAUUUUAACUCAAUUUCAAAAUUUAAUUGUCGCCAAGAGUCGUUGAAAAUUUUUUAAAAAUUUUCCAAGUAUUUAAUGUUUAAAUUUCGAACGUUGCAAUUUCAGAAAUGGAAAUAAAUUAUCUAAUAGAACUCUUUAAAGAUCUGAAGACAAGAUCUGUCACGAUACACACAUAUAUAUAUAUAUAUAUAUAGAAUAUUGUCAAAUUUCGAUAAACGCCAGUAACGAAUAUUUCGAAAAUGUUUAGAUUAAUCGAAUUGCAUAAUUGAAAACAAAUAAUAUUAAGCAAAAAAACAAGUUUAAAAAUGCCCCCAAAAAAAAAAACGAUUGCCACAAAUUGAAUGUGCCACUUGCAACAUUUUUGUUGGGGCCGCUUGAAAAGCCAGUCUAAUGUGCAUGUGGUUUGUUUAAAACUAGUGAAAUUUAUAUACAUACAUACACAUAUAGUCCAAGUAUUAUGUAUUUAGUUGUUGGUCCAUUUUUUGAGCAUGUAUGUGUGUGUGUGUGUGUGUGUGUGUGAGCACACAUACGACUUAUACGAAUACAUAUACAACAUAUACAUAUAAAGAUAAAAAGCAAGAAACUACUCUUUAAAUUCCAUAUAAAAAA